CUCCUCCCCUUAGCUUAACACACCACACACACCCACACUGGCAGCAGCUCAUACACAUAGCUAGCUCAGCUGAGACACACACACACACAGUGAGUAGUUCAGCUCAAAGCUAGCAUCAGCAGCAGAGCUAAUUAACAAACAUGGCGUCCGGGAGCAGCGGCGGCGGCUACGCGGACGAGAAGGGGCCGGGGGCGGCGACGAUGCAGGCGCUGGGGCUGCAGCAGCAGCACGGCGGCGGCGGAGAGGUGGAAGAGGAGUCGUCGGAGAUGGGGGAGAAGACGGCGGCGAGGACGCGGCUGUCGGGGCUGCUGUGGCACGGGGGGUCGGCGUACGACGCGUGGUUCAGCUGCGCGUCGAACCAGGUGGCGCAGGUGCUGCUGACGCUGCCCUACUCGUUCGCGCAGCUGGGCAUGGCCAGCGGCCUCCUCUUCCAGCUCUUCUACGGCCUCCUCGGCAGCUGGACCGCCUACCUCAUCAGCAUCCUCUACCUCGAGUACCGCACCCGCAAGGAGCGCGACAAGGUCGACUUCCGCAACCACGUCAUCCAGUGGUUUGAGGUGCUGGAUGGGCUACUGGGGAGGCACUGGAGGAAUGUGGGACUGGCCUUCAACUGCACGUUUUUGCUGUUCGGGUCGGUGAUCCAACUGAUCGGGUGUGCCAGCAACAUCUACUACAUCAACGACCAUCUGGACAAGCGGACAUGGACGUACAUCUUCGGCGCCUGCUGCGCCACCACCGUCUUCAUCCCGUCAUUCCACAACUACCGCAUUUGGUCCUUCCUCGGCCUCCUCAUGACCACCUACACCGCCUGGUACAUCGCCGUCGCCUCCCUCAUCCACGGACAGGUGGAGGGUGUGGCGCACUCUGGGCCCACAAGCAUCGUGCUCUACUUCACGGGGGCCACCAACAUCCUCUACACCUUCGGGGGCCACGCUGUCACCGUGGAGAUAAUGCACGCGAUGUGGCGGCCGCAGAAGUUCAAGGCGAUCUACCUGCUGGCGACGGUGUACGUGCUGACGCUGACGCUGCCGUCGGCGUCGGCGGCGUACUGGGCGUUCGGGGACGCGCUGCUGACGCACUCGAACGCGCUGGCGCUGCUGCCGCGGACGCCGUGGCGCGACGCCGCGGUGGUGCUCAUGCUCAUCCACCAGUUCAUCACCUUCGGCUUCGCCUGCACCCCGCUCUACUUCGUCUGGGAGAAGCUCGUCGGCCUCCACGGCUGCCCCUCCCUCUGCAAGCGCGCCGCCGCCCGCCUCCCCGUCGUCCUCCCCAUCUGGUUCCUCGCCAUCAUCUUCCCCUUCUUCGGCCCCAUCAACUCCGCCGUCGGCUCCCUCCUCGUCAGCUUCACCGUCUACAUCAUCCCCUCCCUCGCCUACAUGGUCACCUUCCGCUCCCCGCAAUCCCGCCAGAACGCGGUGGAGCGGCCGCCGAGGUUCGCCGGAGGAUGGACGGGGGCGUACGUGAUAAACUCGUUCGUGGUGGCGUGGGUGCUGGUGGUCGGCUUCGGCUUCGGCGGGUGGGCGAGCAUCACCAACUUCGUCCACCAGGUCGACACCUUCGGCCUCUUCGCCAAGUGCUACCAGUGCCCGCCUCACCCCGCCGCCGCCGCCCUCUCGCCGCCGGGUGCCAUCGCUCCGGCGCCGGCCUCGAUGCUGCCGCCGUUCAACUCCACCGCCGCCGGCAUCUUUGCCGCUCCGGUGCCGUCUCCUGCUCCGGCUCCGGCACCGAUGCAUUUCGUCCUUGGUCACCACCACCAUCACCGGCACCACCGCCACGGCCUCUAGCUAAUUAAUCGAGAUCAAUCAAGAUCAUGAUUAUCAGAGGUUGGGUUUGCAUUAUUGCACUAGUUUUUAGCGAGCUACUAGCUAGUUGAUCAUCACUGCAAGAUUGUUAAUUAGCGCUAGUAAUUAGUAAAAGUAAGCCUCUUUUCCUAAUCCUAUUGUAUGCUUUGCUUCUUUCUUCUUCUUCUGGUUACUGAGAGAGAGUGAGAGUGAGAAUGUUUGGUGGUGGGGUAUGCAUGUCAGAGACACGUUUCAAGUCUCUCGUCUUGUAAUGUGUCCUUUUUGUGUGGAGCUGCUUUUGAGAAAGAAAGAAGAGAGAUCAAAUUUAAAAAAAAAAUGGAAAAGGAAUGUUACUGCUGA